GUUAAAUUGGCAUGCAGCCUACGCUUGGAUCCUGUAGCAGGAGACUGCACUGCUUUUGAAAAUGUUACCGUCUUAUUACCGGAGUUUCCUUGGACAGAGGGGCAGGGUUGCGCUGUUUUACCUUUUGUGCAGUAUUACAGGUGUUUGGGGCAGUCAGGUGAUGGUGCCUAAGAGGGUGAACGCUGUGCUGGGGAAGAAUGUGACGUUGGAGUGCAAGGUGGAGGUGGGCACCAACCUUACUCUGACUCAGAGUUCCUGGGAGCGUCAUCUGCCUUCAGGCUCCAUCACGGUGGCUGUCUACAACCCACGGUACGGCAUCUCCAUCCCUCCGGAGUACAUCCAUCGCUUGUUCUUCCGCUCACCCUCCUCUCAUGAUGCCACCAUCGUCGUGGGAAACGUGGGCUUCUCUGACGUGGGGAAGUACACCUGUAAGGUCGCCACGUUUCCUCUGGGAAACACUCAAGCCUCCACCACUGUCAAUGUACUUGUGGAGCCCAAAGUCUACGUGUCUGCAGGUUCAACUGCCCUGAUCGAUGGGGGCAAUGAUACUCUUGUGGCGACCUGUAUCGCUGAGCGGGCCCGGCCCCCCGCUGACGUUUCCUGGGAGUCCAACCUGUUUGGCCAGUCAGAAGUUCAGCUGUUUGAUGAAACCAACGGCACGACCAGCACACAAGUGAGCUACCUCUGGCAGCCCACGCGUCACAUCCAGGGCCAAACUCUCACCUGUGUGGUCCGCCACCCGGCUCUCGAGAGUGACUUCAGGAUCCCCUACCAGCUCAAUGUGCAGUAUGCUCCUGAUAUCUCCGUUGUGGGCUAUGAUGGAGACUGGUACGUAGGUCGGGAAAAUGCACAAAUGACGUGCAAAGCCAACGCAAACCCACCUGCUAAUCAAUUCAGAUGGAUCAGACUGGACAGCGAAAUGCCAGCAGGGAUGGAAAUAAUGAACAGCACUUUGCUCUUCCUGCGUCCCCUCCAGCGCAAUGACUCGGGAGUUUACAGGUGCGAGGUUGCCAAUGACAUCAACCUCCGCAGUCGGGAUGUGCGCCUUCUCAUACAAGAUCCUCCCACCAUGCCUUCCACCAUUACUGCUCCUGUCCUUACUGGCUCUGCCUCCUCCACCUUAGUCGAUGAUCAGGGACAUGUUCUCCUCAGCUCACCCACACUCGAAGCUCUGCCUGAGAGUAAUCUGGGCUCCAUAGUGGGCGGGGCUGUGGGCGGGGCCUUGUUCCUGCUCCUGCUGCUGUGUCUGGUCGGUGUGUGUUACCUUCAGAAACAGCAAACCUUUCACGGGAACUACUACACCAAGCAGUACCUGGGCCCCAACGACCUGCAGAAGGCCCCCGCGCAGCACGAGCUCCACCCCCCCAAAGCCGGCAGCAGUUCCCACCACCAGGACCACGACCGAGAGGAGUGGGGCGACCGCCAGCUCAAACAAGAGCGUGACCGCCGUCACCAAGGCAACAGAGAGGAGUAUCCCUCUAACGGCUACACACGGGCGAUGAGGGAGAGCGGCCACCAGAACCAGCAGCAGAAUCAGCACCGUGAACCCACUCAGCUCUCGAGUCCACAGCAGGCCAGAGGUGCCAGACACCCUCGUUCCCCUAAACCUCGGGGAAACGGCUCCCCCUACCUGUCGGACGACUGCUACGACAGCGGGCCGGAGGGGGACUAUGUCUCUCACACAGACGGCUCCGUCAUCUCGCGCAGGGAGUGGUACGUUUGACAAGCCGCCUGCAGGAGCAGAGAUACGGCAGAAAUCAGAAGGUUUCAUUCAUCUCAUUAUGAAGAAACACAUUUUUUUUCUCUUCUGUACGCACACGCACACUUCUACUAACCUCGAUUCUGUAGUUUCCUUUGAUUUGUUUGAGCGUCCUGGUCGACACUUGAGACAUUUAGUAUCUGUACUUGACGUGGACGGACUGUGGACUGCACGGCCAGUUUGACAGUCAACAUCUAUAUGCCAACAGAAGUCAGCAUGUCUCUAGUCUGUGUAGAGACUAACUAAAGAUCAUGAUGUAUGUGCUGUCUCUGCCUUACUACAUGGACUGCCAAUUUAUUUAGCAUAACUAAUGACUUUCAGUUAAGCCGAAGCCUUUGGGGCUAACAGAUCACAUAUGGUUGUCGUAUAAGACCCUUUUUUUGUUUGUUUCUACAAAAUCAGCCUCCUCAGGCUAUGUAACACUUGCUCAUUUAUAUUUGUAUGUGUUGGUAUUGCUUGCUCGGAUUUGUUUAAAAGACAUGUGACCUCUGAUUAUAAUUAGCUGGAAGUAAAUCCAUCAAAUUCAGAGGGUCGCACGUCCUUUGUCCAAACCCAGUAGGACACAGUAGAGGCAAAGGUUUGUUUAAAAAAAAAAAAAAAGAUUUCUUACACUGAGAAAUGUCCAUGACUAAAGACCUCUCGACACUGAUUCAUGAAACGUAUUGCACUGCCUUUUGCAAAACUUUAUACUAGACGACCACAUCGUUUGUUUUCUACAAAAAAUGUCUUAAUGUAACUUACUGUUGUUGGAAACGUGUUAGCUUAAGGAAUUGACCACUGAUGUCAUGUUAAUGUCCUUUGAAAGUGAUGGCCCAGAGCGGGAACCUUAAGAGCAUUUCUACUGUACGUCCUCGGCUCAUCUUAAAUCCCCAGGAGGGAUGCAUACAUGGAGGGAGGGCAAGCAAGGAUGUCUGCUUGAAUGAGGCACAGUCCGACAGAUCAACAGACUGGCUUUAUCAAACAGUCAAGCCUUGAUAUCUUCAAGUUUAGAUAAGCUGGGAUAAUAUAAUUUAACAUUUGUGGGAUUUAUUGUUUUAUUUGUUGUUGUGAGUUGUCCUCUUUAUUUAGCAACAAACACAUUCUCCAAUUGGCGGUUAAGUGUUUGAGCGUUUGCACUCUGGCACCGACCCAGGCCUCCUGGAAAUACAAGAGUGCUAUCAGCAGGGGCAUUGUUGAAGCAGGCUACAGUAUGGCAGCCACCGUACGCUGGCCUCCCAGUCACAAAGUAUUUUGUUACACAAAGAAGUGAUUCAAGAGCGCAGCUAGUACACCCGACCUCUGCUACUAAUUUCACUAUACUCUUGAGUAAUCUGUAGAAAAACACACAACUGUGUUACAAUCACAAUCUGACGCAUUAAUAGGCUUAUUGUGUGCAACUGCACUAAUCACGCUCACCAGUUUUUUGUUUUUACAUUCAGCAUUUAUUAUCACUAUCAGUAUUAGAAUAUAGAUUAUGUAGAGGAAUCAGGUCUUCUGUCAUGGUUGAGCUGGCAGUGUGGCCCAUCAAAGCCACAGCGCUCCCCACAUGGGACAGACUACAUUCUGUUGCACUAAACAUGGAAUCGUUCAUUCAUAGUUAUAUAGAGUAUCUAUCCAAUAAAACACCCUGUGCUUAUUUUUUUUCUAAAAACAAAAAAAGGAUCAUAUCUGGAUUUGCAUUUCUGCAUUAAUUUAUAAACCAGCCACAUUUGAUGCUUAUCAUGACAAUAAUGUGGCAGGACCAAGUACUGUGAUUGAGCUGAGGAGAAAGUGUUUCAUUGGGCUAUAGAGCCCUAGUAGUUCAGGUGUCAAACUUAGAUUAAAGCUUUAGAUAUAAAGAUACAUUUCAGUUUGUGUACGUGAUCAAAUCCACACAUCUUUUGGCACAUGCACCUAUUGAGGAGAGAGCAUGGAGGAGGUCCAACAAUCUCCUUCAUGUACACUAGUGUUUGUGAAUACAUGCCAACUUUAGUAGUAUGGUCACCUUUACAAUAUUUGCUGCCAGAUGCCAAAUAUUUGUUGUAUGUAUAAAUAUGAUGACAGACUCACAUAAGUAUUGCUGACUAGCUUACAACUGAUUUAGUAGCUUAUAUAAAAGAUUAACGUAUCACUGUUGUAUACAGGGUCUUGUAGCCUGAUAGAAGUUAAAAGAUGCUUUAGGCCACUUUAAUAUUACAGUAACAGUCGUCAACAUGGGGAAUUUGUUAUAUUGUUAUGAAACCUCACUAAUUAUUUUUCAGGGUGUACAUUUUGUGCAGAGAAUAUGCUGCGAUUCUGAUAGCGAGAGAUUUGAUACUAGAGAAGAUGACCCCAGUACAAAUGUUUUUCAACUGUAUCAAAUGCUGAGCAGUACACCAUUUAUUUUCAUAGACGGAAGCUUCCCUUUUUAUUAAUUGCCUUAAGUUUCAGUUGACUCCUAUUGCAUUAACAUAAUUCCUCACUUACAGUCUCUGUUGCCUAAAACGUUUUGGAUAAUCUACCCUUUCUGUGUUAGGAGUAGUUCCAAUGAAAAACUGUUUACAGUGUGGAUUGCCGAAAAAAAACCUUGUUUCUGUAAAGUGAUGUUGCUGUAAAGUGUCUUUGAUGCAAUAACUCAACGUCCACAAAAAAGAAAUCCAUCCACUUUUUAUUGAUGUCAAACUCUGAGAGACUCUGAAAGCCUGGGUAAAUCCAAAACGAUCUGCUUUCAUCUUUACAGCUAAAUGUAAGGGAGAAUAUGUGUGUCUUUUGUAAUUCGGGUGACCCUGACUCUUUAAUGGUCCGAAAUGAAGUGUAGAUUUGGCGAUUGAACUAGAAGUAAGGUUUGGGAGGUUAUACGUGCUGCUGAUUCCUGUUCCUUCUGCUCACUUUCACAUCGAAGCGGGGAAUAACAGGAAGCACAGCCGCCUAACCCCUGCCUGGGUUUGCUUCUAUGCACUAAGACGGAAAUCCCACUAAUCGAUAUACUAUUUUUGCUUGGCUCGUCAGUUUGCAGCCCCGCACCUGGUUUAAUGAAGUUCGUUUGUACUGUGACAUUUUGUAUUGAGAUGAGUCAUCAAUAUCUUUACCUUGAGAAAUGUCCUUCACUUUGGGUUGAGAAAUGCAACUAGUGCCUUAGAUACAUAGAAGAAAUGUUUUCUUUUUAUUGUUUGGAUGUAAGAACCUGUUUUAUUGCUCUGUGAGAUUCAUUUGUUGCCUUUUUUUGUUUUCUGCAUACUGUGUGUUUGGACUCCAUAGUGCCAUAUUACAUUUUCCACCAACAGUUAUUGACAGAAUUUAUCUGCAAAACCUAGAGGCAUUAAAACACACACAUAAAGACGAUGCUUGAAUUUAAAUGUCAAAUAGUAAAAGCAGGUAUCUGUCAGGGGUUUUGGUUUCUGUAGAGUUGUUUAACAGGGUGAAGAAUUAACUUACAUUGUCAAUGAAAAGCACUUUGUGGUCAUGUUUGUUUUUUUGUAAAUACAGGAGAAAAAUGUAAAGUUUCUGGAAGGGGGAAAAAAAUAUAUUUAUGUCGGUGACAACAGUGGAGCGUUAUUUAGUCAAAUAAUUUUGACAUACUUUAGUUCAAUAAAGCACCUUAGCACCUGU